AAAAUUUAAUCAACGAGUCAAGUGAAUGGUGUUGUUGAGCUUCCCGAGCGAGCUGCCUUCCACGACAAGUGCAAGUGGGGAGUGUGUGAGUGAGUGGAGCUCCAGGGGCAAAAAGCAAGGAACCGAGGAGCCAACACCGACCCCUUUCCCCAACCCCAAAUCCACUCCACUACUCCACUGUAAAUCUAUCCAUCUGGAUUCUGAGAUUGGGAGGAAGGAAUUUGAAGAAGCACUUCUUCCGAGCUUAGUUUUCUAUCGCCACGAGCUGGAGAAGAAGAAGAAGAAGAUAGGGCGAGAGCUCAGCGAAUUCGGAAGCCAAGUGCGCUAAGCAGAGCAACAACAAUGGUGCUGCCGCCGCUCCUCAUCCUCCUCCUGCUCCUGCCCUCCGCCGCAGUCGCGAGCAACAGCAAGGUCCGACACUCGUCCUUCGCCCUUGACUUCUUCCCCGGCGACGGCGCCCUCGCGCAGCUCGCCCUCACCGGCGGCGCCAACGCCACCUCCGCCGGCGCCAUCUCCAUGGCCUCGCCGCACGCGCGGGUCCAGUACCACAAGCCCAUCCUGCUCGCCAAAGCUGCCGGCUUCUCCACCUACUUCUCCUUCUCCCUCCAAAACCCCAUCCCCAAAUCCAAAUCCAAACCCCUCGCAGCAGGUUCCCUCAAAUUCUUCCUCGCCCCAGCAGUUUCCGCACCCACCGACGCCCUAGCCGUCGUCUUCUCCGUCGCCGACGUCGACCCCAGCCACGUCCGGGUCCAGAUCGACCUCCCCGGCGUCAACACGGCCGUCGUCCAGGCCCGGUUCUCUCUGCCCGUGUCCCGCGCCCAAAAGCUGCAUUCUUGGAUAGACUACAACGCCACCUCCGCCGCGCUCCAGGUCCGCCUCUCGUCCUCGCGCGUCCCCAAGCCGCCGCACCCGCUGCUCUCCCACCCGCUCCAUCUCCGUCCCCAAUCCAGCACCCGGAUGCUCGCCGGAUUCGCCUCCUCCCACGCAAACUGCAGCCUCUUCAGCUGGGCAUUCAAGGCCAGCUCCGGGCCCCCCUACCUCAUGCACUCCCUGCCCCUGGAUCCCACCGGCGGCAGCAUACUGCUCACCACGCCGCCGCUGCCGCACUACCAGCCCCCGCUGCCCUACCGCUACCACUGGCCGUCGCUGCUGCUCGCCGCGGCCUGCGGCGCCAUGCUCACCUUCUUCGUACUGUUCGUUUGGUACUCAGUGGCCACACGACGCCCCAUCGGCGUCACGCCCGUCGAGUACCCCAUGCACCCGUCCUCCUCCGACAUUGUCUACGAGAAGAUCGUGCUCGUCGGAGCCAAGGACCACCCUGCCAAUGCCGCCGCACCCGGUAACAAGUAGCCCGCCGCCAUGCUUAGAUUGUAUUGCAAGUGUGCUUGCUUCAUCAUCCUGUAAGUAGCGAAUUGUUUGCUUGGUACUCCAGUGUGUGCGGUGGAGACUGCAGAUUUUGCGGGCAAAGCGAACAACGCGAAUUCUGCACUUUCCACCGGGAUUAGAAUUCGGAUUUCUAUGUUGUAACUCAUCAUGUCAUCCACCACUGCUACUCUUUCAUACUCUUCUCCUUGUGAUGCUUAAUUAAUUAGUGAUGUGCUAGUAGUGUUCGAAUUCUCAUAUCUAAUGGAUCAUCUUAACUUGUUUUCUGGUGAA